AUGCUAGUGACCCUCAGGAACAACUUAAACGGACAUGACAGAGGACAGAAAGGUGAAGCCCUACAAUGCUAUUCCUGCAUGGGUUCUAGUGAUGAAGACUGUAAUCGUCAGGGCUCAAAAACCUGUCCAAGCUACUCUGACGCCUGCGCUGUAGUACGAGGACAUGGAAGUGAGUUAAACAGCGGAGUGAUGAAGUCCUGCUCCUACAAGUCUUUCUGUAGCCAGGCCAACAGUCAGGGUUACCGGUCACCAGGGGUCAGAGUUCACUGCUGUUUCUCUGAUGACUGCAACGUGACAGGAAACGUAUCCAAGCUGGAAGGAAAUCUCAGCUACCUGUUGCUCCUCCUUCCCCUGCUCCUCCACUGGAUCUCAAACUAAAUAUAUAACCCAGCACAAACCAACAGCCAUGCCAACUACCCCUCCUACCUCCCUUCCCUUCCCUACUCUAGCCGACUAAAACCCCAACUCUCCAAGCCUCAGCUACCAUCCCCACUCUAGCCGACUACGCCAUCUAACUCUGCCUAUCUAAAGUAUCUAAAGUAACACACAAUAAAAUAACCAUUGAUAUCACCAUAUAACCAACCCAGAACACCCCAAACGAGAACAACCCCAGAACAACCCAACCGAGAACAAACCCAGAACAACCCAACCCGGAACAACCCCAGAACAACCCAACCCAGAACAAACCCAGAACAAACCCAACCCAAACCAACCUAACCUACAACAAACCCAACCCAGAACAACCUAACCUACAACAAACCCAACCCAGAACAACCUAACCCAGAACAAACCCAGAACAUUCCCAAACCAGAACAUUCCCAAACCAGAACAACCCCAACCCAGAACAAACCCAACCCAGAACAAACCCAACUCAGAACAAACCCAGAACAAACCCAACCCAGAACAAACCCAACUGAGAACAACCCCAGAACAACCCAACCCAGAACAAACCCAGAACAAACCCAACCCAGAAUAACCCCAACCCAGAAUAACCCCAACCCAGAACAACCCCAACCCAGAACAACCCCAACCCAGAACAAACCCAACCCAGAACAACCCCAACCCAGAACAAACCCAACUUAGAACCAACCCAACCCAGAACAAACCCAUCCCAGAACAAACCCAAACCAGAACAAACCCAGAACAAACCCAACCCAGAACAAACCCAACUCAGAACAAACCCAACUCAGAACAAACCCAGUACAAACCCAACCCAAACCAACCUAACCUAAACCCAGUCAUGCAAACUAACUACCCAUACCUACUGUACCUGCCACUCCCAAUCUAAGUAUGGCCAACUAUGUAAUCUAAGUCCUCACCAUCCAAAGUUCCCAGCCUUAUAGGAAGCCCAUAUGCUUCAGCACCACCUUCUCUAGCUUUCACCUACAGCUCCUCAAGACAUGCAGAACAUCCUUGUCCCAUCCUCUAGCCUCCACCUACAGCUCAUCAAGACAUGUAGACAUCCUUGUCCCAUCCUUCUCUAGCCUCCACCUACAGCUCCUCAAGACAUGCAGAACAUCCUUGUCCCAUCCUCUAGCCUCCACCUACAGCUCCUCAAGACAUGCAGAACAUCCUUGUCCCAUCCUCUAGCCUCCACCUACAGCUCCUCAAGACAUGCAGAACAUCCUUGUCCCAUCCUCUAGCCUCCACCUACAGCUCCUCAAGACAUGCAGAACAUCCCUGUCCCAUCCUUCUCUAGCUAAUUCCUUCACAAUCCUUCACACUAACCCAAACCCUGUCCCAUCCUUCUCUAGCCAAUUCCUUCACAAUCCUUCACACUAACCCAAACCCUGUCCCAUCCUUCUCUAGCCAAUUCCUUCACAAUCCUUCACACUAACCCAAACCCUGUCCCAUCCUCUAGCCUCCACCUACAGCUCCUCAAGACAUGCAGAACAUCCCUGUCCCAUCCUUCUCUAGCCAAUUCCUUCACAAUCCUUCACACUAACCCAAACCCUGUCCCAUCCUUCUCUAGCCAAUUCCUUCACAAUCCUUCACACUAACCCAAACCCUGUCCCAUCCUCUAGCCUCCACCUACAGCUCCUCAAGACAUGCAGAACAUCCCUGUCCCAUCCUUCUCUAGCCAAUUCCUUCACAAUCCUUCACACUAACCCAAACCCUGUCCCAUCCUUCUCUAGCCAAUUCCUUCACAAUCCUUCACACUAACCCAAACCCUGUCCCAUCCUCUAGCCUCCACCUACAGCUCCUCAAGACAUGCAGAACAUCCCUGUCCCAUCCUUCUCUAGCCAAUUCCUUCACAAUCCUUCACACUAACCCAAACCCUGUCCCACACCAAUAUUUCAUUUAUUUCAUUCCUCAAACAACAGCAACACACACGACCGCUAAAUCACGCUUGUGCCAGAGAGAGUGUGAGAGAGAGAGAGAAGUGUGCAGAACUAAAAUUUAAACUAUAAAAUACAAAACGCAAGUUUCAAAGAUUUUACUGAGUUAAGGGUAUCAGUCAAUUGAAAUAAAUUAUUUAGGCCCUAAUCUAUGGAUUAGGGCCAACCCACUUGGAUUUAGGCCUACCCACUUGGGAACCAGGCCCAGCCAAUAAGAAUUAGUUUUUCCCCCUAAAAAGGGCUUUAUUACAGACAGAAAUACUCGACAGUUUCAUCGGCUGCCCGGUUGGCUGGUCUCAGAUGAUCCCGCAGGUGAAGAAGCCGGAAGUCGAGGUCUCGGGCUGGUGUGGUUACAUGUGGUCUGCGGUUAUGAGGCCGGUUGGACAUACUUCCAAAUUCUCGAGACCCGUAAUCAUCCACAAUGGCAAAACAACAAGGCACAGGUACUCACACGACCAACGGACAUUGUAACAAUAAUCGACAGGACAAUGGUGAACAGAGGGCAGACUUAUACAAUUAUUAAUCAAAUGGGAAUAGGGAGCAGGCGUGCAUAAGGACAGUUCCGGAGGGAUCCGUGACAGCGACAUGUUUUAGAGUGGCCUUUUAUUGUCCCCCAGCACAAGGUACACCUGUGUAAUGAUCAUGCUUUUUAAUUUGUUUCUUGACAUGUCACACCUGUCAGGUGGAUGGAUUAUCUUGUUUUGUUCAGUAUAGAAAGAAAAUAGAAAAAUAACAUUUGCGAGACAAGGUGAAGGAGAGAUAAGGUGAGGGAAGGAGAGAUAAGGUGAGGGAAGGAGAGAUAAGGUGAGGGAAGGAGAGAUACGGUGAGGGAAGGAGAGAUAAGAUUAGGGUUGGUGAGCGAAGGAGAGAUAAGGUGAGGGAAGGAGAGAUAAGAUUAGGGUUGGUGAGCAAAUGAGAG